AUGGCCCUCGUCAUCUGGAUCACAAUUGUCAAAAUCCUCAUCUUCUAUAUCUACAUCUAUGUGGAUGACUCUUUUUCCUUUCAGCGCAAAGAGGAGAUGGAGAUGUAUGCACCUUAUCGCAAACUUUUGCCACGCAACCUUUGCAAGCUCCUCCGAUUGUGGGAUCGCCUUGGGGUUCUGCAUGAGGAGAGAAAACAGAUCUUCAGAGAGGAGUUGCCCAUUAUUGGUUUUGACGUGGAUCCCAACAUUUUGCGUGUUCACAUGUCCGACGAAUUGUGUCUGGAUCUCAUCAGCUCAAUCCAAGCCUUUGCUAUUCAAGGGACCCGUCAUUCUUUGCGCGACUUUCAGCGCCUCGCCAGACAUCUUAACUGGGCUCUUAACGUGUAUCCUUUGCUUCGUCCUGGUCUUUCGGCUCUAUAUGCCAAAACUGCAGGCAAGCUCGAGCAAAGGGCUUUAAUCUGGGUCAAUCGGGACGUUGUCCGAGAACUCAAUUGGCUCAUGCGCCAUCUCCUCACUUCUGACGGAGUUUAUUUUAUCCGGUCUAUCAGCUGGGACUUUCAUCAUAUGUCACAAGCGACUCUCUCCGUUUACACCAAUGCUUCUGCCAGCGGGUUGGCCUUCUGGUAUCCCGCUAUCAAUCAUGGAUUUCAGUGUGACCUUCCUGGAACCUUGUCCUCUGAUACUAUCUACUUCUUCGAAGCUCUCACUGUCACUGCCGCUAUUGUUGAUGCCGUCCGAAGAAUGCAUGCUCACGGGCGUCUCGCUGUCUUCACUGACAAUGCAAAUACUGUUGCAAUGUUCAACACUCUUGCAGCUCUUCCGCCUUACAAUUGGUUGCUGAUGCUCGCCGUCGACGUCAUUCUUGAGGGAGAUAUUGACUUGCGUGUUUUUCACGUUCCUGGUGUCCAUAACACCGUUGCGGACCACCUUUCUCACUGGCAAAAUAACGAAGCUCGGGAAGCCUCUCCGGGCUUGGUAAUUUCCUCUUUUCAACCCCCUCGGAAUACGCUGGGGGCAAUGAAAAAAUGA